AUGGUGCGGCCUUCCCGGGCCUUCGCUGAAUCCCCAAGGGAUGCCAGCCCGGGUGGCGGCCUCCACGACUGGUUGGUUGCCAGACAUGGCUUCUCAAGGAAGCCAGCAGCCUGGUGUGGAUUCGCCUUCUUGGGAGGCGAUGCAGUUUGGCAAGGGAGUGACAGGAAGACCCUGUCUGGCUACGGCACCCAACAACUUGCCGAGCGGACCAGUGGGCCAGGCGAAUCAACCUCCUGGGAGCUGGACACCUUGGUGGCCUCCGACUAUGCCGGCGGCUACGAGUUCAGGGCAGUUCCCGUUUCUAGGACCUGGCAGCUAUCCAGCUUGUGGAUCUACUUCGUCGGCACCCACGUCGACCUUCGCGCCGCGGAGCCCACCAACGAUGGCACCUACCUUCGCGUCGCCUCCAAAUCCGGCGUUCGCGUCUUCUACGCCUAUUCCCACGGCAGCGGCUGCUUCUUCGUGUUUGGAUGGUCAUGGACUUGGGGUGAUGUGCAGUCGGCCUUCGAGAUGUUGGGAAUAAGAGCGCCUGGAAAUGUGGCCAAGCCAGUUGACCAAGGAGAGAGAUUCAUUCAGGCGAUCACGGGCGAGAAGCGAAACAUCCCGACGUGGUCGGGGCAGCCAGCAUCGUUGCGGAGCUGGUUGAAGCUGCUGGCAGUUUGGGAAAGCGAAACAACGCUGCCAAAAGACAAGUGGGGGCUGAAAUUGUUUCAAAGUUUCGCUGAGAACUCCCAGCCACGGAAGAUUGCGGACCAGAUUCCUAUGCAUGAGUUGUUGAGCGAGCAUGGAUAUGGGCUUAUACUUACUCAGUUGCUCGCCAAGUACAAGCCCUUCCUGGACAUUGCAGCACCAGCGGCCAUCGAUCGUUUCCUGUACUCCGGUGACCGCCAGAAAAAUGAAUCCUUCGCAGCGUUCCUGGCUGCGAAGGAAGUGGCACGGCAAGACAUGGAGUUGCACUUGCAGGAGCGUAUCUCCGAGAAGGACCAGUCCCAGUUGCUCACCUUUGACCAAGUGGCCGCACUUCUACGGCCCCUUGAUCGUCCAGAGCUGCUCGCACAGGCAGCGGGCGCGGAACUUGGUGCUGGGGCUAAACACUUCCCGGUAAUCACUGAUGGCAACCUGGAAGAUGACGAUGAAGCUGAUGAACUUCUUUUGCAAGAAGAAGAAGAGGAGGAAUCAGACAGCAUUCAGGAUGACGAGCUGCUCUUUGAAGACCGAGAGUACAACGAGGACGAGGCUUUGUUUAUCAGUGCGUAUCACAGUGCCUAUGCGGAUAUUCGUAAAGAUUUGAAAGAUCGCAAAAAGGAGCGAGGUUUCGUUCGACACCGUUCCAACACCCCGUUUCGUGGUCGAGGCAGAGGGCGCAGAACCGAUCGUGGGCCACCUCGAGAUCCUCGCCGUCACGAUCGAACGCCCCGACGCUCUUCACACAACAAGGUUGACCCCAAGAUGGUGAAGGGUAGCAGUGCCGAUUUGCAGGCUCGGGUUAGAUGCUUUAACUGCAAUGAGCUCGGCCACUAUGCGAAGGAAUGUCCGCUGAAGGGGGCCCUUGUCGACACUGCUGCUGAGGACGCAGUCAUCGGCAGCCUGGCCUCGAAGUCGUUGCAGCGCGAGCUGGCGCUGUGGGGUUUGCAGCCGCUGCCAGUUUGUGCCAUCCUGGACAUACCCACGUGUGUGGCUGGACAUCGGGCCAUCAAUAUCUUGGACUUUGACCAGACCGCAUGGGAGCUACCGCCGAGUUUUCGUGGCCCCGACGGUGCCCUCGGAUGUGUUUUCAGCUUCGAUGUUGGCUUCUCCGGAGCCGUUAUCAUCAUCUACAGUGGAUCUGCCGUCAUCUACAUUGGCUUCGACUGUGUCUGCUUCGAUGGAGGUGCCCUCGGAUGUGUUUUCAGCUUCGAUGUUGGCUUCUCCGGAGCCGUUAUCAUCAUCUACAGUGGAUCUGCCGUCAUCUACAUUGGCUUCGACUACACGAUCGUCUUCGGCAUCUACAGUGGAUCUGGCGUCAUCUACGUUGGCUUCGACUACACGAUCGACUUCUCGUAUGAAGCCAUGGAAGAUGUGGUGAGUCACCUACCGCGUCGCAAGGUCAACUAUCGUACAGGAACAAUGGCCGAAAAAUCGGCAAAGUCGGCCAGCUGGGCUUUCGGACUCUAUGUCAGGGGUCCGUUCUCGGGUGUUACCAAAGUCAGUCAUCAGCUGGAGAAGACCACCGAGUACGGCAAUGCUUGGCUGAGGGACAAGUUUCCUCAGGCUACCUGGACCUCGUGGAAUGUAAACCUCAACAUGGUGGCGAGACCGCAUAUAGACAGCCAGAACGCCAAAGCUACGCUCAACCACACUGUAUCGAUGGGCAGCUUCCAACAGGGAGAGCUGUGGUUGGAAGCCGACGAUCCACCCGAGGGAGAUGUUCGCUGGAAGUGGAAAAAGGGGAAGAGAGUGUGUGGAACGUUGGUCAAUACCUUCCGGAGUCCCACGUCAUUCAGUCCUCAUCGUUAUCACGGCACAGCUGCAUGGUCCGGUUAUCGAAUCUCCAUAACGGCAUUUACCACAAGGAACGUGAACAACAUCAACCAAGAAUGUCAAAGACCAGUGCAAGUCAAUGCCGGAGGUGAAGUGUUCAAGCGGAUGAUUCGCAAGCUGCGAGUGGAGCAGAUGGCUGCGGAGGAAGCCGCGGGGGUGGAGCCUCUACGACCUCGAGCCAUGGGGACAGCCAAGUGCGAGUCAGCGUGGCGCCGGCUGGUGAAGGCAUUGAUGCUGAUGCUGGUCACGGCGCGACAGCAAAUGGUACUGGACUACCUCAACAAGCGUUCAUUGGAGAACGAGCCGGAGGUCAGCCGCGUCGACCCGAACGAUGCCAAGAAGAAGGACUCCAAGAAGGGCAAGACAUUCGACAAGUCGGUGUACAUCUACCAGGCGAUCGGGCGCCCACUGCCCACCAGUCAUGCCCACAAGGAGUUUCCGUGCUCAAAGAGGGAGUGUCAGCAUCCAGCCGACGCUCUUCGGUGCAGAGCGAAUGUGCAAAGCCAUUGGUGGACGUGCGUGAGGUGCGGUUUGCGCUGGGACCGCCCGAAGGAGACGGAGGAGAACACGCUCCCCGAGCUGAGCGUGAAGCCCGCCUACGACACGAUCAACGGCCACCCCAAGAAACUGAUCAACUCCAAGGGCCAGGAAUUUCCUCAGGUUCUGCCACCUCCCAAGGGUGAAGGUGAGAGCCUAUCGCCCCCUGGAGACCUCAACUACUCCGGCAUCGACCAUGGGAUGUCCGACACCAACGCCGUCACCCACUUCGACGAUGCCGCUUGGGAGAAAGGAGACAAGGCCAACGGUUCCUGGCUCAGCUUCUUCGAGCAUGGAGAGGAGAGGGUCGUCUCCGACGCGUGCAUUGACUGGCACGGUGCCGAGCCGGGCAGCUAUGAAAAGCAAAGCGGCGCCGACGGCGGGAUAUCCAACCUUCGGGGACAACCAGACCGAGCCACAGGAGUACAUCCUCUCGGACGACGAGUGGUCGGAUACGGCGAUGGACAACCCCAACGAUGUGGAGGAGAAGCGUCCGUGAUGAUCUACGGCAAGGACCUCGAGAAUGCCAAAGGCGACUUGUGGGGAGGACUACGAGACCACCUUGGCCAUGGCGGGUGGCUCUGGAAAACCGCACUGCUCCUCUUGACAAUGACACAGUUUUCUUCGGAGCAGGCUUGGCCGUCGAUAACGGGGCCCCCUCAACAUCGGGUGAGUUGGAAUCCAAAAGAUAGAGUUUGGAGUGAUAUCGACCUCUACGACAACGCCGUCGCCAGCCCAGGUCGAUGGUGCUAUGUGUUCACGCGCCAUGAUCGAUAUGGCGGUUGGCUGGCAGAUGACCUGGGCGUAUUCGAGCCCUUAAAGAAAGAUCAGCGCAACUAUCUGUCGAAGAACAUUGCGGAGAACCUCGGCUCGGUGGCGGAGAUCUACUCGCCCCCUCGCAUGAUCAAAAGGGCCCGACAGCACGGGUUUCAGCCGGGCUUUGCAUUGGAUUUGGUCACCGGUUGGGACUUCAAUGUACAACAACACCAGCGUGAAGCUUUGAGAAUGUUGGCUGAACAUAAGCCAAGCUUGAUUGUGCUGAGCCCACCGUGCACCGUCUUUUCCAAGCUGCGGGCGCUCACCAAUCACAAGCGUGAGGCAAGCAAGGUGCAACAGGAACUACGUGAAGGACAUCGUCACGUCAAGUUUGCUGUGCAGUUGGCGUUUAUACAACAUGAUGCUUGCAGAGGAUUUGUGUUUGAGCACCCCAUGCAUGCUAGCAGCUGGAAACUUCCUGAACUACAACAGCUAGCCAGCAAGCCGGGUGUCCACAAGGUGCAGCUUGACAUGUGCAGGUUUGAUUUGAGGCGCUCCACAACUGGAGAACCUGUGCUGAAGCCCACAGCGCUUUUGACUAAUGUGCCCGCCUUGGCUAAGUCAUUGGCAAGACGCUGUGAAGGUCGACAUGUUCGGCACCCACCGCUGCUCAACGGCACGGCUCGAGAGGCGGCGGUGUACACUGUUCCUUUCGUGGACGCUAUUUUGCGUGGCAUGCGUAAGCAUCUGACUCAGGUGCACUUUCCGGUCUUCCACAAGGAAGACGCAUGGUGCUGGCGGCAUGGUGAUCUAUGCUGUCGACAUUUUCGGCCUCGCCAAACCUUGGCGACGCCCUCGGAAUGUUCGUUUGAUUUGUCCGGGCUGUCCUUCACAGGCAAGCGCUGCACAGUGCUCAUGUUCGUUACCGGUCGGGAGCAGUAUCUCGAAGAUGACUUCAACAGUUCCCCGACCUCCUGGAAGGACGAGACGCCAUGGACCGGUUUCACCUAUUUUCAAGUCGUGCAAUCCGUGAUGCUUCCUCAAGCUCUACAAGAUUGGGCCUCCCACGUGGCCAAGGCAUCCUCACAUUGCCUGCACUCAUACGUGCAAGAUGAAGCAGCAUUUCAGUCGGAGUGGAAUUUCCUCUUUCCGACCCGCAAAAUGUUGGGGAGCAGGCGCUCUUCGACUUCAGCGGGCGAAGUUCAAGAUGAAACCACACGUGCUUUCGACCUUGACGCGGCCGAGACCGUCCACGAGUUCGGCUCCGAAAGCGCAAACCCCACUCGAACUGAACGUAUGGCUGCACAACGGGGAGAAGAUGAGGAUGACGAGGCCAAGGUGAUGAGGGAAUUGCGAGACAUCCCGAUCGACCCGGAAGUUGCUGAUGUGGAUGGCUAUGGCUAUCGCGAAGGUGCUCCCCACCUAGCACCGGACUUACGAAGAGAGCUUUACAGAGUGCACCGCAACCUUGGACAUCCAGAUCAGCCUACUUUCCUUCGAGCACUACGACAUGCUGGCGCAAAACCGGAAGUGCUGGAAUUUGCCAAAAGGGGUUUCAAGUGCCCCAUCUGCGAACGGCGGCAGCGACCGUCGACCCAGCGCCCUGCACACUUACAACACAGAAUGCCGUUUAAUGAAGUCGUGGGCGUGGACCUCAUCUUUGUACGUCGACGGCCUCUACUCAAUUGCCUCUGCUGGGGCACUUCGCUACAGUGGGUGGAGACCUUGUCGAACAAGACCGCGGGAGAAGUUUGCCGCGCCUUCAUGGCAUCCUGGGUGGCUCGCUAUGGCGCGCCUCGACUGGUAGUUGCCGAUCGCGGGACCGAGUUCACGGGGUCCCCCUUUCCGGAAGUGUUGGGCGAAAAUGGGAUUAUUCUCCAUCUAAUCAGCGCCAGGGCUCCUUGGGAGAAUGCCAGAACCGAGAGGGCUGGCGGCUGGUUCAAGAACAAACUGGAGACCGUCGUGGACGAGACUUCGGCGAUAAAUGAGGGCGACUUCCAGAUCGCCAUCGCCGAAACCGUGGCAGCACACAAUCAACACUACGAUCGCUCGGGGUUUUCCCCAAACCAGAGGGUGUAUGGCACGUCGUUGAGAUUGCCAUCAUCACUGGCUAGUGAUGAUUACAUUGAUGCUGAACUGCGUGGACAACCUCCUCGCACGGACUUCAUGAAACGGGCUAUGGAGAUCCGGGAAGCGGCUCAACGAGCGUGGCUCAGGCAUCAAGACAACCAGGCCAUCCGAAAGGCCCUUAACUCCAACACCCGCACCUCCGAUGACAAGAAAUUCGAGUCCGGUGACAUGGUUUAUGUCUUCCGGGACACGUCGGAGUACAAGGGGUGGGUUGGCCCUGGAGUGGUCAUUGCCCAGGCCAAGAACGAGAGAUCGUUGUGGAUAAGUUUGCGUGGAUUUCUCGUGAAAGCAGCCAAGGAGCAGGUAAGGAAAGCCACGGCAGAGGAGAGCUUAGGCGUGGAGCUCGUCAAGGUCCUGUCUCAGGAGAUGCUGGAGAAUGUGGAGUCCGGGAAGAUCCGGAACUAUCAGGACCUGCAGCAUGAGUUCGAUGCCGAAGCGAUGGAGAAGUUUGUCAACGAGAAUCAAUCGGCUGGUCUGGCUCGCGAGUCCAGACCUCUUGGGCAGUCUGUUCCUGAACAGUCGCUUAUGUCUUCGGAGCCGCCGACAACCCGCGAGAAUGAUCUUGAUGACGAGGUCAUGAUGGUUCCGGACGUUGAGAUGCCGUCGGCGAAUGAAGGCCAACCCGACGGAGAAGCUACCGACGGAAACAGCACGCGACUUCCCUCGGCAGCUCCGGAAACUACCUCGAUGCCUUCGUUACCUCCUUCGGCUCCAAUGUCUACGACAGUGACUCCUCGGCAGACUUCGCCCAUUCGUGUGGACGAAGGAUCAGGAGGCUGGACACCUUUUGGUCCAGCAAGAUCCAAUCCAGAGAGAGCGGCGCCGUAUCCUUGGCCGGCCUCUGGAAGACAGAGCAACUUCCUGGAGGUGACCCAUGAUGGUCAGGACGAGAACCUGGGCGCAAAGUGGUGGCGCAACAAGGCAUACAACCGUUGGGAGCCAGUGUCCUGCGGAAAAGAAACUUUCCAAGCCACUCAGGCAACAGCCUUCUUCAACCUCCGGGACAAACGGUUCUACCUGACCAAACAAAAGCUGUCUCCAGGUCAGGUGGAGUUCCGGAAUUUGGAUGAGGGGGAGAAAGCUGUGUUCCGCAAGGCCCGUGCCAAGGAGGUGCAAUCUUUGAUUGACAUGGGUGCCAUCCGGAUACUGUCUCUGGAAGAAUCGAGGUGUUUUGAGCAGGAGAAUCCACGACACGUUCUGAACUCGAAGUACGUGGAUCGCUAUAAACCCAAGGAAGAGUUCAAGGUGAUCCCGGAGGACUUCGAUGCUAACCGGGACGUGGCGACCGUUACGGCCGAGUAUGCCCCGAAAUCCCGGUGGACAGUUGUGGGCUGGCAGGACCCACACAUUCAUGAGAUUGAGCGGUCAGCUCCAACGCCAUUGACCACGUCCUUGUACCUCUUCUUUCAAUUGUCAGCAAGUCGGCGAUGGCAUGCCUUCGCCCGUGACGCUAAGACAGCUUUUCUGCAGUCGCGGCCAACUUCGCGCAAAAGGAAAUUGGCAUGCCGGAUGCCAUCGGACGAGGCAUUCGAAGGCUACGACGCCCGCCAGCUCAUUUUGUUGGAAACUGAAGUAUACGGCCUAGUAUCCGGGCCGGCGUGGUGGCGUCGCAGUCUAUUGGAGAUAUUGGUGAAGGAACUUGGAUACCGGGUCAACGUUUACGACCGGUGCGUUCUCACCUUGGACAACGACGUGGACAACUCCAACGAGCACCCCGAAAGAACGCAGGGGGUGAUCAUCAUCGAAGUGGAUGACUUGAUGGAAUCUGGUGGGGAACGUCAUCGGCAAAAGAUGGUACAGCUUGAACAGCGCCUCAAGUUUGGCAAGGCAGUAAAGUUAGCGGACCACCCGGAAGGAGCUGCUUACGCCGGACGGCGCAUUACUCAAGACGCCAAGACAUUCUCCUUCCGAUACACGAUGACGGACUACAUCCAGAACCGCCUCAAGAAGGUUGUCUUCGAGAGAAAGGUCUAUAAAAAGGAUGCUAACACGGUGACGCUGAAUGCUUCUGAAGAAAGCCAACUUCGGGGAGUGUUGGCGGCUAUCAAUUGGGUGGCCAGAGAGGGACGUCCUGACGUUUCGGCAGCGGCGUCGAUGCUGGCUGGCCGAUUCCCCGGUCCAACAGCCGAUGUGGCUUUUGAAGCAAACUCCGUGGUGGACCACUUGAAGGCCCACCAUGUCGCCGUGCACAUUCACAGCAUCCCCGAGCCGAACAUCCGCCACAUACUCAUCAGCGACUCCAGCGGGGACUCCAAGGGCCAAACAAAGCCACAACACGGAUGGAUCCAAGGGGUUACCACUCCCCAGCUUAAUCGAGGAGAAGAAGCUCCAGUGAGCAUCAUUGGCUGGUGCUCGCGACGUCUUCGACGAAAAGCGGGAUCCUCCUUACUUUGUGAGUCCAUCGCCACCUCGACAGCAAUGGCGGCGUUGGAGAAGCAGGUGGCAAUGUGGCAGAGCAUGACUACCUCGAGAUUCGACCCUCGCAGUCUUGACGUCGACAUCGAGGUGAGCAUGGGUCUUCGAGGAUCUGCCACGGUGAUCGCCUCGGAAGGAAGAUUGUUUGCCGAUCCACUGAGUGUUGUGCUGGUAGAUGCAAAAUCUUUGUUUGACUCCGCGAGCUCGGAGCAAGCCAAGGGCGAAGACGACCGUUCGGCUUUAGAAGCCCCGUUGCCGCCAGACCUGCAGGGCUGCCUGAAUCAACUGACGUUGCAUUGGACUGGAAGCUCGUUGCACUGA